UGGAGAUGUUCCCUCUCCUUAACAGAUGUGGGGUCAAUCAAGGAGGAGGAGAAACACCAGGAGGAUGCUCCUGAGCAAGUGGAACCCCCAACCUCCAGCCAGCCCCAAAUGACCCAUCCCGGGGGAUCCCCACUCCCAGGGGACAACAGGAGGGAAGAGGCACCCAACACCUGCCGGGAAUGUGGGAAGAGCUUCCGUCAACGUUCGGCCUUGGUGGACCACCAUCGGAUCCACACGGGCGAACGCCCCUUCAGCUGCCAGGACUGUGGGCGCCGCUUCAACCACCGCUCCAGCCUCAUCACCCACCGCCGGACCCACACCAGCGAGAAGCCCUACAAGUGCCCCGACUGCGGGAAGAGCUACCGCAUCAGCAACAACCUCCGGCGCCAUCGCAAGACCCACACGGACGAGCGGCCCUACCGCUGCCAGGACUGCGGGAAGAGCUUCAGGCACAAGUCCACCUUGACCAUCCACCACCGCGUCCACUCGGGGGAGAAGCCCUACCAGUGCUCCCAGUGCCCCAAGAGCUUCACCAACAGCUCGGGCCUGGUCCAGCACUGGUGGACCCACACCGGCGAGCGGCCCUACGACUGCUCCCAGUGCGGCCGGUGCUUCCGCAACACCUCCCAGCUGGCCCAGCACUGGAGGACCCACACUGGUGAGAGGCCCUACCAGUGUCCCCAGUGCCACAAGAGCUUCACGAAGAGCUCGGGCCUAGUGCGGCACUGGCAGACCCACACUGGUGAGAGGCCCUACGACUGCUCCCAGUGCGGGCGGCGAUUUGCCGACAGCUCCCAGCUGGCCCGGCAUCAACGGACACACGUUGUGUAGGACAAUCAUCCCUCUCCAACCCUUGGGAAGAGCUUCUCCAACCAUCCCGGGGUCUCCAAGCACCAACGUGCUCAUCCUGGUGUCAAUAAUUAAAAUUCUCCCAACUGUGGGAGAGGUUUCAUCCAUCACUCCAACCACCACUGGUCCCACCUGGAGCAGAAGCCCUGCAUUUGCCCCAAAAACUUCACAUCCAGUCCCCAACUCAUCCACCACCGGAAGAUCCACAGUGAGGAGAAGCCUCAGGGUUGUGGGGAAGAGCUUUUUGGCUCCACUUUCAUCUUGCCUCCCACAGCAAAAGCCACCGGGUGAAGAUGGGGACCACCCCAGCAGAGACCAGCCCCAUCCUGGUGGCAUCUCAGACACAUCCCGGUGGUCUCUGGUGGUCGCAUCAAGGGCUAACCAACCCAUCCACACGCAUCCUACCACUACUGUUUUUCUUUCCUGAUAUGUUUUGAUACAAAAUGUGGGUUUUGGGGGAAUGAUUUUUUAAAAAGUCACCCCCAUCCUCUGUUUUUUUUUGUCUUUAUAUUUGAGAUGGGGGGAAGGGAGGGAGGGGAGACCCAUGAGCUUCGCCUGAGACAAGAGAGAUCAUGAUAAAACGGGGUGUAAUCACAGUAAAAUUGGGUGUUUCUCAGUGUCUCGGUUCAAUUUCUUGAUGUUUUCAACCCCAUUUAGGGUUUUCUUAAGGGAUGGGGCUGGAUCAAAAGAAAAUCAAGGUCAAAAUAAAAGCCUUUGU